GUGGGUUCGUACUUAUCAGUCUCGUUCACCUCGACUUCCAACAAUAUCCUGUGCUUCCAGAGAGAGUCAUUAUACAAUAUCUUGCUUUCUGAAGAUCCGAAGACUUCAGAAUCAGAUCCCCCGACUCGAAGCGCAAGUCCUCCAGGCACAUCGAGGCCGACAGCCCCGAAUCUACAUUCACUCACUUUCAAUUCGAUCUCAACAUGUCCAGGUUAUGACCCUGUCUUCCCAUAAGAUCAUCUACAUACUCCGAUAGUAGAGGCUAAGCCAUCAUCACAAUGGCGGACUCAAAUCCCACGGCUCCGAAACCCUCGACAGCGAAACCCGGCCCCAGACCUAAGCCUCGAGCGGGCGUCCAGCGCAAGACCAAAGCAGAACGAGAGCAAUUCGCCAAAGAAGAAGCCGAGCGCCAAAAAUCUCGGGCCGCAGAAGAAGCAGCCAAAAAAGCAGCAGCAACACGGGGCGGUAGAGGUGGUGGUCGAGGAGGUCGUGGCGGCCGCGGCGCAUCCACAACUGGACGAGACGAACGACGCGACCACUCAUUCGGCGGAGGAGGUGUCUUUGGUGCGGGUGGUAGCGCCAGGCCGGCUGCACGAAGAGUACUAGGCGAAGGAUACGCCGAGCUGCUCGAGGGCCAGCAGGCGGCGAAACCUGACGAGUCCGCUGCGGGAUCCGAAGUGAUUGAUGUAACAGGCGACGUACCGUCCUCGAGCGGUGGCGGCGGCGGCGGUGGCGGUGGCGGUGGCGGCCGAACAGCUGGUGCAAAGAAGACUGAAAUACUUGACAUCCCUGAGUCAGAUGAGGAGCCAGAUGAGUCGAUGCGGGACAUCAAUGGCAUAACGAUCUCGGACGACGAGGAAGAAGAACACGAGGAAGAGAGAGAAGAACAAAAAGGAGAACAAGAAGAAGAGCUCAAUGAUAGCAAGUCCAAGCUCAAGGGCAAACAGAAAGACGUUAAAGUCGCGCACCGACCAAAACGCGGGGAUGGUCUGCGACCGAGCCUCGCUGCGCGGGACCUCACAGAAGCCGAGGAGAAGGAGAAGGAAGACAAGAAGGCAGCAAAGCGCGCUAAGAAGGAGCGGGUGGUCAAGAAAGUCGACCCAGAUGUACACGAUGUCGACGACGACAACAACAACGAGGCUAUGGACCUCGACGAGCCAGUCUUUGUGAAAGAGCAGGCUUCCUCUCCGGAACUAGGCCGGCGGCGCUCGCUCAAGAAAGUACGGUCACGGGAUGCGAAACCUGCAUCUACGGUCGAAACGAUCGAAGAAGCUGCUGAGCGAGAACGUGUGACACUCGACAUGGCCAGAUUACGCGAAUUGAUUCUACGGGCGCAGACACAUGAGCACCCUGCCACGGUCGAUAAUGAUUUGAAAUCAGACGAUGAGGAAGCGCACGAGGACCGAGCGACACGGGACGGCAAAUUGUUUUUGUUGCAACUUCCGCCGUUGACGCCGUUCUUGGUUGAUGCGUCCAUCCCUGAUGAGCCGGAAGUCAAGACUGAGCCUGGCGUCGAGAGGACCGCAGCUACGGCUACGGCUCCGAAAGAGGAAAUAGAUGGUGCGGCACAGCCUAGAAGACCGCGCCUCCAGAUUGACAAGCUUCUGACUGCGACGGAACCGGAGCCUCUACCUGCAGGUUUGGUCGGCAAGCUCCGUGUUCAUAAGUCGGGGAAAGUCUCGAUGGACUGGGGUGGGGCGGAUAUGGAAGUUCGAUAUGGAGCUGAGGUCGAUUAUUUGCAGGAUGUCGUGCUCGUGCAGCCGCCGAUCAAACAGGAAGACGACGAGGACACCGAGAUGAAAGAUGGUAACAACGAAGGUAAUGCGAGCGAAAAGAAAGAGAGCAAGCCGAAACCCAAAGGCACGGUGUUUGCGUUGGGCCAGAUCAGGAAGAAGAUGGUCUUGAUUCCAGACUGGGCCAAGUUGUAUGAUUGAUGGAGACACCGAUAUCGCUCCGAGGAACUGGCUUGAUGUCGCUUUCUAGAGAAGAAUGAAGCCUACAGCUGUCGUCCGUCGUUUUGAAGUUUCAUAAGAAUGUAAUCCAUUCUUGGUUCAUCUAUGUAUACCCAAGCCUCUAAGGGUAUGUACGUAGCGCCUUUCCGUAACAUCAUGGACAUCGAAGCAGCAUGAACAC